GUGCUAGAUGUGCUGGAGCUGUGUGUGUGUGUACUCAGUGAGAAAGAAAAUGAAUUGCUGCCAAUGGCCCAUCGCUGCUGGCCCCCCCUCCUGCAGAGACUCACAGCCGAUGAGCCUUUAGCGGUCCUCCGAGCUUUCAGGGUGUUGUGUACGCUGGGUGAGACAUGUGGCGACUUCCUGAGGAGGAGGGUCUCCAAAGAGGUCUUGCCCAAGCUGAGCUCCUCUCUGCUGCGGCAGGCCCCGACCAGCGCCAAGGCCGGGCCCGUCUACACACACACUCUGAACUACAAACUGCAGCUGGCUGUGCUGCAGGGCCUCGGCUCCCUGUGCCAGAGGCUGAGUCUAGGUGAUGCAGAGCUGGAUGCUGUCUGUGAGGCCUGCCUGCCCUACCUCAGCUGCAGACAACCAAUUAGACUGCAGGAGGCUGCCAUUAG